AUCAUUGUGUCGUGCAGUGACUCCCAUAGAUGUUUUCCCAUAGCCAAUAGUUGCGUUGGUUGAAGUCAAAUUGUGAAGACCGUAUACUGUAUACGGUAUAUCUAAUUUGUCUAUGAACAGGUUGGAGCGCAUGACUGAGGAGUUGUCUAUAAAUCUGCGCGUAAAUGGAAGAGGGCUGGGUGUGACUGAGGCCAGGCUGCCGUCUGUGAGGCCCUAGCUAGAGAUGGACAUUGAGGUGGGCAUCCUGGAGGAGGACAUGGAGGGCUCGUGGACCUUGCUGUCGUGGCUGGCCUCCUGUGUGAUGGUGUUUGGAGGGGCCCUGCCUUACGUGCCUCAGUACCAGGAGAUCCAGAGGAGCAGCAACACUGAGGGAUUCUCCACCCGUGUUUGCCUGCUGCUGCUCAUCGCCAACAUCCUACGCAUCUUCUUCUGGAUAGGGAAGCAGUUUGAACUGACUCUGCUCCUCCAGAGUGUGGUGAUGAUCAUCACCAUGCUAGCUAUGCUCCACCUCUGCUGCAACAUCCAGCAAGCCAAUCGGAUCAGCACCAACCAGCACCACUUCACAGAUCUGGACCUGCGCUACUUCUGGAGCUGGAGUGCGUUUGAGGACUACCUGCUAUUCUGUUUUGCCUUCACGGUGCUGUGUGCCUUCCUCACCCUUCUCCUGCUGGACUCUGUGCUGUUCGUGGAGGGCCUGGGCUCCCUGGCCGUGCUGUUUGAGGCCAUGCUGGGGGUGCCACAGCUUCUGCAGAACUUCCACAACCACUCCACCCGCGGCAUGAGUCAAAUCCUGUCCUGUCCUCAGCGGAAGAGUUGAGGACAUCUCCACACCCCUCCAUCCAUGAUGAGUCUGUCAUGUCCUGAAGUCAAGCCCCUGAAGACAUCAACCCCUGUUCUGUCGUGUCCUGAAGUCAAGCCCCUGAAGUCCUCAACCACUGUCCUGUCGUGUCCUGAAGUCAAGCCCCUGAAGUCAUCAACCCCUGUCCUGUCAUGUCCUGAAGUCAAGCCUCUGAACACAUAGUCUUGCCUCAUACCCUUAUUCAAUCACUGCUCUGAUCCUUUUCCAACACUGUGUGUGAGUAACCCUCUCAUGUUUGGAUAAAUACCAUGUUUAACCAGAAACUUAACUAAUAUAUCAUAUUAAUAUUAAUCUAAUUCACAACCUGCUUUGACUAAGUCAGACAAAAUAGCUAUUUUUUAUUUAACUAUUGUGUAAUAGUUUUUGUCCAGUCAAAUCCUGUCCUGCCCUCAGCGGAGGAGUUGAGCUCUUCUGCAUCACCCUCAAUCUAUGAUGAACGUGUCUUGCUCUGCUACUUCCUAGACUACCUUGUCCCAUCUCCCUUUUUGACCUCGGGUGUGAUCCCUCUCAACACUACUAGAUUCCACUGAAACUUUUUUUCUCUUCAUCAUCAUGGAGUGUCAAUUUGAAUUUGUCUUUAUCUCUACAUGAUUGAGUGCCUGUCUCUUUCCCAGCACCUAGACUGGUGAGACACCAAAAGACAUCCUGUACCCCGCAGCAGAUUCCAUGGUCAACUUGGACAGCCUGAUCCCCCAACAUCUGUCCAUAGUGUACCACCUGCUAACUUGUGAAAAAUAUACUCAUUGUACCUUUUGUUCUGUAUUUCUAUAAACAUGAUAAACUCAU